AGGAGCGCGGGACGGUUAUGUAACGAAACCCUUUGGAUGCCUGGAGCCGAGGUUACGCGCGCUCAUGUGCGGGCUCAGCUUUAGAACAAGGAAUAGCCCAUCUCAAAAGACCUCCCUCCGAUGGGGCGAUAGCUGCCCCCGCGUCUAACCGCUCCGGAGGCACCCGCACGCGAGUGACAUAAUAGUGUAAAUUAGACAUAAUAAUGUACCGUUCUCUUGAAUGUUACACGUAAAAGACGUUCGCUGUGUGUGAGGGAGGCGCUACUGCUGGCUUUUUGUAUAUAAAUAAGGCGGGGCAAACAAUCCAAAAUGAUAAACAUAGCGGGUGUGAUCUCGAUCAUAAUAUUCUACGUGCUGAUCCUGGCCGUGGGCAUCUGGGCGGGCCGCAAGAAGCCUGCCGGGGACCAGUCGGAGGAGGAGGUGAUGCUGGCGGGCCGCUCCAUCGGCCUCUUCGUCGGCAUCUUCACUAUGACAGCCACGUGGGUGGGCGGCGGCUACAUCAAUGGCACGGCUGAGGCGAUUUACACCUCGGGCCUGGUGUGGUGUCAGGCACCGUUUGGUUAUGCGCUCUCCUUGGUGUUCGGUGGUAUAUUCUUCGCAAACCCGAUGCGCAAGCAGGGCUACGUGACGAUGCUGGACCCGCUGCAGGACUCGUUCGGCAGCCGCAUGGGCGGGCUGCUGUUCCUGCCCGCAUUGUGCGGGGAGGUCUUCUGGGCGGCCGGCAUCUUAGCUGCGCUUGGUGCCACCCUGGUUGUUAUCAUUGACAUGGACCACAAGACAUCCGUGAUCUUCAGUGCCUGUGUGGCCGUGUUCUACACCCUCUUUGGAGGGUUGUACUCCGUGGCGUACACUGAUGUCAUCCAGUUGUUCUGCAUCUUCAUUGGGCUGUGGAUGUGCAUCCCGUUCGCGUGGGCCAGCCCACAUGUAAAGCCCCUCAGUUCUAUGGAGGUGGACUGGAUUGGCAGAGUCGACCCUGAUUAUUACUGGUUCUAUGUGGAUUAUGGCUUGCUGCUGAUCUUUGGAGGGAUUCCUUGGCAGGUAUAUUUCCAACGCGUGCUGAGCAGCAAGACAGCGGGGCGCGCCCAGGUGCUCUCCUACGUGGCCGCCAUCGGCUGCAUCAUCAUGGCCAUCCCGCCAGUCCUCAUUGGAGCUAUCGCUAAGGGAACUGCAUGGAACGAAACGGAUUUCCACGGCGACCUGACUCCAGAAGGCGAUUUAACCUCAGACCAAACAUCAAUGAUCUUACCAUUGGUACUCCAGCACUUGACGCCGAGUUUUGUGUCCUUCUUCGGGCUUGGUGCCAUUUCAGCAGCUGUUAUGUCUUCAGCUGACUCUAGCGUACUCAGUGCAUCGUCUAUGUUCGCCAGGAACGUAUACAAGCUGAUCUUCAGACAGAACGCUUCAGAGAUGGAGAUCAUCUGGGUGAUGCGCGUCUCCAUCCUGGUAGUUGGUGUGCUAUCCACCAUCAUGGCGCUCACCAUACCUUCCAUCUACGGUCUAUGGUCAAUGUGUUCAGACCUGGUGUACGUGAUCCUAUUCCCGCAACUGCUGAUGGUUGUGCACUUCAAGAAGUACUGCAAUACUUACGGGUCGCUGGCGGCCUACAUCGUGGCGCUGUUUGUGAGGCUCUCCGGGGGGGAGAAGCUGCUGGGGCUCCCCCCACUGAUACACUACCCAGGGUGGGACGCGGAGAACGAGGUGCAGCUGUUCCCCUUCAGGACCCUGGCGAUGUCGCUGUCGCUUUUCACCCUGGCGUUUAUAUCUUGGCUGUCCGUGUUCCUCUUCAACUCUGGCUACCUGAGCCCCGAGUCGGACUACUUCAACUGUGUUGUGAACAUUCCUGAAGACAUCCGCCGCGUGGACGAGCCCUCUGAGGCAGGAGAACAGAUGUCCGUGCUGGGUGGUGUACCAGGCCGGCUGUACGGCGCCGCGUCCACGCUAGUAGGUCCCGACGAGAAGUCCGGCCGCAUUAACCCUGCGCUGGAGACUGACGACGACGACCUGGACGACCCCAACGACGGCCCCACCCCCCUCUUCGGCAACAGCAGCGCCCCCCCGCCUGUGCAGCCGUUCGGCAAACAGACCGCCUUCUGAGACAACUGAUGUACGUGAGUGUUUUCGAUGGUUUUACGUAGUGACUGCACAUGAAUUAGAAAUGAUUUUCUAUAAGCUGUUUUUGAUAAACAUCUAGAGAAUUUGUACACGAGUCGUGUCGUAUGCGUGUUUCUUAGUACAUAGCGUAGAUCUGACCUUUUGUAGGUUUUAGAGCAUCAGGGAAAUACGUGUCGGCAAGCUGCUAUUUUAACGGCCAAAUUCCUAAAAUAUACGGGGUCGCGACAUACGAUGCGACGCGUGUGUAAAUGGCCUAAGUAUGCUCAAUGACGGACAUCUUCCGAAGCACACUUGAAUGCCAAUAUAUUUUUAUCCGAAGCGACAGACCUGACUUAGCCCAGCAAUACUCUUAGUGUAAAUUAUUCUGAAUUUAAGAGAAUUUAUUUUGUAGUCGGACUAAAUGUUAAAUGGAGUGAUAAAGUAACGCAUACAUAUCAUGUUGUGAAUCGAUGUUAGAUUUAUAUAACUUAUAUAUUAUCUAUUAUAUUGAUCCUUAUUUACGUCAAUUAUAAUAAGUGCGAGCACACAGACGUGCGGAUACGUGUGUUAUAUAACGAAUUUGAUGUAUUCCGCUACAAACAUAUCGCUUAUAAAAUAUAUCUGCUAAUGUUGUAUUUAGUUAAUAGAUUAGAGUUUCAUAUUUUUACGAUACAUUUAAAUGAGAUUAUAUUUCAUAAGUAAAGCGCAAAAAUACAUAUCAUGAAAAUACUUUAUUCUGUAAGUUAAAGUGUUUAGAGUUUUAGUAUUUUUACACAAAUUAAUGAUUAUAUUUCAUAUAUAUUGUGAUGCUAUACGAAUUUUCGCACAGCUCUUUAGCGAAACAAAGUUUUGUAGACAGUCAUCGAUUUUUGUAUUCUUUGAGAAAGGCUUAAGAAGGCUUAAUUAAUAAGGCUGUUUAUCAAAGAAUGAAUAUUAUCAGA